UUUUUAUACCUUAUUUGCUCAUUUCUUAUAUUUAUUUUUUUUAUUUUCAAUGUUUUUACAAAGAUAUCCAUUUUUAAUAAGAAAAUUUUCAACAUCUUUAAAACAAAAAAUGCGUGUAAUUCCAAUACCUGCAAAUGCUGAUAAUUACCAAUAUUUAAUUGUUGAUUCAAAAAGUAAUAAAGGGGCAAUUGUUGAUCCUGUUGAUGUUAAUGGAUUCUUCAAUGUCAUUAAAAAGGAAAAUGCAGAUUUGUUUAUGGCACUAGUAACGCAUCACCAUUGGGACCAUGCUGGGGGUACAGAAGAAUUAAAAUCAAAAAAGUCGGAUGUUAAAAUUUAUGGGGGUGAUGCAAAAAGAAUUAAAUCUAUCGAUUAUGUUGUGGAAGACAAUGAAGAAAUUGAAUUUGGAAAUUUAAAGAUACGUGCUUUGAAAACACCUUGUCACACAUCGACACAUAUUUGUUAUUACAUUACUGAUGAGGCUGAAAGUCAAAAAUGCGUUUUUACUGGUGAUACUUUAUUUAUUGGUGGAUGUGGAAGAUUUUUUGAAGGGACGGCAGAGGAAAUGAAUUAUGCUUUGAAUGAAAAACUUGGAAAAUUGCCUGAUGACACGAAAGUUUAUUGUGGACAUGAAUACACAAUUAAAAAUCUUGAAUUUGCAUCGAGUGUAGAACCAAACAAUCCAAAUAUUUUAUCAAAAUUGGAGUGGGCCAAAAAUUUAAGAAAACAAAAUGGAUUUACUGUUCCAUCAACAAUUGGGGAAGAAAAGACAUUUAAUCCUUUUAUGCGUGUCAAUAAUGUUGGAAUUCAAGAAAAGUUGGGUACUCUGAAUGACCCAAUAGCUACAAUGCAAAAAUUGAGGGAUUUGAAGAAUAAAUUUUGA